ACGUCAUCUCGAGAUUAACAGGCGUUACGUGCAUCGAUGGAUUACGCUUUCACUGGUAUCACGGGUAUUACAGAACACCAGACGAUGUUCAAUUAAACCAUUCUGGAUAAAAGUGUCUGUGAAAACUAGCUUAUCUCGCGUCCGAUGAUAAGUGCUGGUGAGAAGAGGCAGUUUCCCAAUCUCCGAGAUUAAACAAAGCCGUAUAUAAGCAGCGGGUCGUUUAACCUAGCCGUCUCUGAUCGAUCAUUAUUCAAUUUAACGAGUUAACUUGGGCCAAUUCUCCCUUGUUGGGAAGAGGAAUAGAGACAGUGAAAACUAAUUCAAUAACUGUGGUGAACUCAUUCAAUGUUACCAGUUCUGUUUGCGUCCGUGUUGUGUCAGCAUUAGAUCGUUGAAUUUAAGUUUGAUUACCUCGUGUUGUCUACUGCGCAUGCGUUUCCAAUGGCGGCAAAGCUGACGAAACGUGGUCCUGGGGGCGCUGCGAACCACGCAGUAGCGUUUUCCGCGACGAAAACACAGCUGCAACGCGGAAGCGCUCUUCUCUGUUUCACCUGCAGUGUUUGCUUUAUUUUAACCCUAAUCUGCACAUGCUUGGCCACUCUAUUGGUUCUCCUCGAUCAGAAAGUCGAAGCUGCCAAUUAUCAAUAUCUGCUCACCACGAUGAACGCGGAAGAGGUUCCUGAUCUGUCCUUCCGGUUGCCGAAGGAAGUGAGACCCGUGCACUACGACAUAUACCUGCACCCGAACCUCGAGAAAGGCACGUUCCAGGGCAAAGUCACGAUCCUGAUCGACGUGCUCGGCAAAAGGAGCUACAUAGCGCUUCAUCAGAAGGACCUGAACAUCACGUCCACCUCGCUGAAGACGUACGACCGCGAAGAGAACUUCGAGUUCGAGGUGACGGAUUUGAUACAGAUACCCAAGUAUGAGAUGUUCGUGGUAUCGACGAAGAAGGAACUUCACACGGGUCUUUAUAACCUGAGCUUCGACUUCAACGGCGCGCUGCAGCCGGAUAAAAUAGUUGGCUUCUAUUCCAGUAAAUAUAAGGAUGCGCAGAAUAAAAUCAGAUACAUUGCUACCUCGAAGUUUGAACCGACUUAUGCUCGAAGAGCUUUUCCAUGUUUCGACGAGCCAGCCUUCAAAGCGAAAUUCACAGUGAAAUUGGUCCACCCCACUGGAGAUUACUAUAGUGCCUUAUCGAACAUGAACGCCGAGUGUUCACAAAUGAAUCAACCAUCGCCGGGUUUGACAACGGUGACUUUUGCGGAAAGCGUGCCAAUGUCGACGUACUUAGCCUGUUUCAUAGUCAGCGACUUCGCAGCCCUCACCAAAACGGCAAAUGGCCUCAAUGGCCGCCAGUUUCCGGUCAGUGUGUACACCACUAGGGCCCAACAAGAGAAGGGGGCAUUUGCUCUUGACAUAGGCGUGAAAAUCAUCGAAUAUUACAUUAAUCUAUUCCACAUUGACUAUCCAUUGCCAAAACUAGAUAUGGCGGCCAUACCCGAUUUUGUGUCCGGUGCAAUGGAGAAUUGGGGAUUAGUUACAUACAGAGAAGCGAAAUUAUUGUUCGACAAUGAAACAAGUUCUACCUCAAAUGCCUACGACGUCGUCACUGUAAUUAGUCACGAAUUUGCACACAUGUGGUUUGGAAACCUAGUCACUAUAUCCUGGUGGAACGACUUAUGGCUGAACGAAGGAUUCGCUUCUUUCAUGACAUAUAAAAGCGCUGAUGGAAUUCUGCCUGAUUGGGGCCUGAUGGACCUCUUCCUAGUCGAACAGAUGUUUUCUGUCUUUGUAACAGACGCAAAACUAAGUUCUCACCCUAUCGUGCAAACUGUUAGCAACCCUGACGAGAUAACUGCGAUAUUCGACGAAAUAUCGUAUAAAAAGGGAUCAUCCGUUAUCCGAAUGAUGGAGAAUUUCAUAAAGCCAGGAGUCUUCUACGGUGCCAUUAACUCUUAUUUGCACAAAUUUAAGUAUCACAACGCAGAAACAGCUGAUCUAUUCAAGAUUUUGCAAGAAUCAUCGCCAGAAAACCUAAACGUGACGGCCAUAAUGGACACGUGGACCAGACAGAAAGGAUUUCCAGUGGUGAAUGUGAGAAAGUCUGGUAACAAGUAUAUAUUGACACAGAAGAGGUUCUUGGCUGAUCCUGACGCUCAAUUUGAUCCUUCAGAGUCCGAAUACGGGUACAAGUGGACUAUUCCUGUCACUUACAUCACGAAUAAAAUGUCCGAGCCUACUCUCCUGUGGUUCGACAAGGAUGCCAAUGACUUGGUGAUCGAAUUCAAGGAACCAGUAGACUGGGUCAAAUUUAAUGCUAACGGGGUUGGAUAUUAUCGUGUAAAUUACGAGUCGCCAGAGUGGAAUAUUCUCUGCAACUUGCUUCAAUGUCAACACAAGACCUUGUCAGUAUCUGACAGAGUGCAACUUCUCGAAGAUGUAUUCAGUCUGGCCAGUGCCCGGAUGACCGAUUAUAACAUAGCAAUGAACAUGACUGCCUAUCUUCCUCAAGAAAAGCACGCUGUUCCAUGGAGCGUGGCCUCCUCGAAACUAAUGACUCUCGAUACUUUGCUGUCAUCCACUACCUCCUCGUCGCAGUUCAAGAGAUACGUGAGAGACUUGGUUGACAGCGUGUACCACGAAGUCGAAUGGGACAUAAACAGCAAUGACGAUCGUAUUCAUCGAAAACUGCGAACGGCAAUCUUGCGAUUGGCCUGCGCCGUGGAGCACGAAGAAUGCCUACAAAAGGCCGGGGAAUUGUUCAAAAACUGGAUUCAGGAUUUCAGAGACAAUCGUCCGCAUCCUGACAUUCGUGAUCUCGUUUACUAUUACGGAAUGCACCACGUCGGUGAUGAAACAUCAUGGAACGCUAUGUUCAAGAAAUUCAUAGCUGAGACUGACUCGUCAGAAAAAUUGAAGCUGAUGCGUGGACUUGCUGGAUCACGAUCGAGUUGGAUAUUGACCAAAUUCAUCGUGACAGCCACGAAAGAGGACUACGUCCGCGCCCAGGACUUCUUCGGCUGUUUGACCGCCAUCUCUGACAACCCCAUAGGAACACCGAUAGUCUGGGACUGGGUGCGCUCGAACUGGGAGUUUCUGGUGAACAGGUACACCCUGAAUGACCGUUACCUCGGUGCGCUGAUCCCAUCCAUCACGAGGACCUUCGCCACAGAGACAAAACUGAACGAAAUGAAGGUUUUCUUCGAGAAGUAUCCCGACGCUGGUGCCGGUGCCAUGAAUCGUGCCAAAGCUUUAGAGACCGUAUCGGACAAUAUAAAAUGGCUGUCUAUUAACCGUGAGAGCCUGGAAUCUUGGUUGAAUGCUCACGUGCAAAAUAAGUGAACAGAAUCUGUAAGGGUGUAUAUCAUCGUUGCGAUCUAUGUCGAAAGCUUACUUCAAUUUUGUCCUAAUUGACAGAAUUUAGGACAGAGAAGCAAAUGAAACAUCGCGUGUAAAGGAGUACCGUUGUUCAAAAGGAGUACCGUUUAUUUCUUAUUCUCAUUCCUAGUAACUUAAUUACCAAGAGAGAACUGUGAGAUUAUUAUUAUUAAUGUUAUUCUUUAGAAAGAUUAAAAACUGAAAUUUUACAGGAUAGAUACAAGCAUUCCUUCUUCUGAAAAGAGGAAAAGAUCACCGAAGCAUUUGUAUACACGCGACACAACGAAUUUUAUAUUUAUUGUAAGA